AUGAACUUGUCGUCGGAAUGGAAGUCCCUCUUCCCAGUCUCCACAGUCUUCGCCCCUCCACUCCUCCUCUCAGGCCCUUCAGCCAAACCCAUUCUCGGGCCUCUCCUCUUCAACCCUAUCCCCCGAACACUGACCGUCAUAUUCUCCUCCCCUUCCCUCUUCCCCCGCUCUCUCCCCCCUCCUCCCCACCUCUCUCUGCCAAGAUUCCUCCUCACCUCCUCCUCUCUUACCCACUCCACCUCCUCCUCCGUUGCUUCUCUCCUCGGCCCCCUCCAAAACGACGCCGCUUCCCAUCUCCUCCACAACCACCUCUCCUUCCUACAACUUCCCUGUUCCAACUCUCUCCUCGUCUUCUUCCCAACCGGUGCCAACUCCGAGCAAGUCGGGUUCUUGGGGCUGUCUGUGAACGGUUCGGGGUCAGCUUUUGACGUUCGGGUCGAUAAAAACGGCGAUGUUUUCUGGGAAAGGACCGGGUUCGAGUAUCGGAUUCUCAGGAUCUCGGUGAACCCGGCGGUCGGUUCGGGUGCGAUUCCGGCUGGUAAUUCGGGUUCCUUUGUUAGCGUUGGGUAUGUGAUGGCUUCUACGUUGUAUUCUGUGCAUUGGUUUGUUGUGAAGGUUAAAGGGCUUGGUUUGAGUUCGCAAAGGCCGAGUUUGGUUUGUUUGGGGAGUAAGGUGUUUAAGAGUUGCUCUGUUGCGUGGGCUUGUUGGAGUCCACAUUUGCUAGAGGAGAGUGUGGUUCUGUUGGAGAGUGGCGAAUUGUUCUUGUUUGAUUUGGAGUCUUGUUCGAAAGCUGGUGCUUCAAAUGCACGUUUUAGAGGGACUAGGUUGCGGGUUCCCUGGGACGAUGAUUCGGGUACCUCAGGGGCUCAUACAUGGUUGUGUUGUGAGUUCAGUUGGCAUCCUAGGAUUUUGGUGGCUGUGCGGUCCAAUGCGGUUUUUUUGGUCGAUUUGAGGUUUGAUGAAUGUGUUGUGAGUUGUUUGGCCAAGGUUGAGAUGUUGAGAUUGUAUGCAAAUGUUAAAAACGAACGGUUCCUUACGUUUACGAUGGUUGAUUCUGAUCGUUUUUAUUUUGUGCUGGCUUCGGAUAGCCUGUUGCUUCUUUGUGAUGUGCGGAAGCCGAUGGUGCCGGUUUUGCAAUGGGGUCAUGGUCUUGAUAAACCUUACUACAUUGAUGUAUUUAGAUUGACAGAAUUGAGAUCAAACCCGAGGGAUGAUACAUAUAGGUGGGCUUCAGAAUCGGGUUUUUGCAUUAUAUUGGGAUCUUUUUGGAAUUGUGAGUUUAAUCUCUUUUGCUAUGGACCUACUUCACCAGUCCCCAGAGAUUGCAUUGCUUCUGAAAUUUUGGAAGCUUUGAAAACUGUUUAUGCAUGGGAGCUCCCUUCAGAUCUCUUAUUGUCAGGCCGUGAUUGUCGGUGUGGAAGCUGUCUCGUAAGAGAGGAGAUUUUGAAGGAUGAUCUUCCUGAAUGGAUUGAUUGGCAGCAGAAGAAAGAAAUAGUUUUGGGUUUUGGCAUCCUAAACAAGGGUUUAUCUUCGCUGCUUUGUGGGUCAGAUGAAUUUGGUGGUUUUACACUGAUAAGGCUUAUGUCUUCGGGGAAGCUUGAAUUACAAAGAUAUCAUGCCUCGUGGGAUUUUGUAAACAAGUCGAAAGAAUUUCAUAGAGAAUUGUUGCAUUUUGAAGACAAUUUUCUCUAUAUUCAGGAUGAAGAGGAAUAUAGAUUUCCCAGAAGAUUCAAAUACCUGAAACUCGAUAACCUCUUGGCAUAUUUAAAUGGUAACCUUAGUAAAGUCCUGAGUUCAAAAAUGAAAAAGCCUUUUAAGGGUACUCGAGAGAAUAACUCUUUUAGUAUAGAAUCUCAUGAAAUCUUGUGCGAGAAGUUGAAGGCUUGUGGGUUCGGUCGAUUGAGAUCUUCUCCUGCUGUUGCUGUUGUUUUUAAUGGCAUCAGCUCGCCAACAAGCAUCCAUGAGGUUGCUUUGAGGAGAUUGUGGGCAGGCCUGCCAAUGGAACUAUUGCAACUUGCCUAUUCCAACUACUCUGAGUUCCUUGAAGUACUUGUGGACCAGAAAAAGGUAGCUUUGGAAUUUCUAGUUGUUCCAAACCAACCUCAAUUGCCACCUUUUUUUUUAAGAAAACCUUCAUGCCAUAGCAAUAAGUGGUCACGGAAAGUUCAGUGA